CGUGUUUUUUAUGCUCUACUACACAUCAACUGGUGGAAUGUUUCUGGAUAAAAUGCUUCCAUCUCGGUCUCGUUGUCCCGCCCCUCGCAUUUUUAUUUGGUGCGUCAUAAAUAGAAGAGGACGCUGUCUUCUGUUGAACCACGUGUAUGUCUUGUACAUGCAAGAACAGACCACUUGGUCAAGCCUACACUUUGUACAACAUAAGUAUGCAGCUGCAGGUUCGGGGAGAUGCUCAUGAACUGGCUUUGUGUUUGAUGCACCGUUCUGUUUUAACAGAUGAUUGAAGUCCAGUUUAUUUCAACGGACAGAGGACGAAGGUAAAAAAUCGGUGCAGUUGAGUAUGUUUUUUGUGCCUCGACCACUACAUGAACAUGCAUCAAAAAUGCUAGUACGCAAAUGAAGACCACACUGAUGGUCCAUGUCGAACCAAAGAUGUUUUUUCGUCACCGCUCAACAAGUUUCAAGUUCAAGCUUGCCAACCAAUCAUGAUAUAACCAGCCCAUUCUUAAAACACUCGUUUUUUGAUCGUGACCCCUUAUUUCUACCCCCUGUUCAUCUUUGCUUUCAUUUUUUCCCCAAGGUGGACAACAAGAACUUCUCGUCCUCAUGAUGUAGCUGUCUGUAGAUCGUUCUUUCACAAUUUUAUUGGUGUCCAAUAUGAAGGCAGAGAGUUCUGCAUCAUGUGUACUAGUCGAGCUCCGCCAGACCCAGACGGCUUUUCACCCACCACACUAAGUAUUAAAACCCCAAUCGCUUCGCGGUCUUCUCUGCUCAUCUGUCCUCUUACGAACGUACAACUUAAGUCAAGAAUUUUAGGAAUAUUAUCUCAGUCGCGAAGACGGAAAGACUCGUGAAAAAAGUAUGAUGUUGCAGCUGCAUCAGCGUCAAGCGAUGUUGGGAUAGUACUACUCAAGAGCGUGAUAGAGCAGACGAACGGCGCAAGAACGGCAACGGCAACUGGCGGAAGUAGUGCACGACAUCAUGAUACACAGAGGACACUCUGCCAAGAAGACGAAGCAGAGUACUACGUAGGAUCAGGAGAGCUGCGGAAUUUUGAUGACUCUUGCAAAGCCUCAGCAGAGAGGCAUGAUAGCGUCGCGGCCAUCGACGGUUUGUUGAAGCUGCUCCCCGGCGAAUUGAUUGAGCGAAAGCAGAACCGCUUUUGCCCUUUUGGUUCUCCUCCCUUGUCAACCAACUAGGAUUCUGAUUCUAUGCGACGACAAAGACGUCAGACGAGCCGAACAACAACAACUUCUGGUGUGCUGUCCACCUUCAAAAGAGAAAACGAGCAAGCAACUACGACUAGGACGACUACGACCAGAAGUACAACUAAAACUAUAGCGACAGGUCUUUAUACAACUUGCAACCCGCCGGCAACAUCAUGACUGUGUUCGAGGAAAUGGUAAAGUACCAUGCGGCCUGCAUCCAGGAGCUACCGCCCUCGGAUCAGCGUGCGAAGUUUCAGCUCCAGGAGGACAAGUUGCUAACGCCUGCGUGGACCAACUUAAUCGAUGUUGUAUUGCAGGGGAUACCACUCGAUCAAGCGGCCACGACCGGUACAACAGGUGGAAGCAACAGCAACACUACUUCCAUGGCCGUCGCAGCAAACGCUGCUGUUGUAGAUAUCACAGGUGCGUUCCCCACGACAACUAUGAACGCCGGGAGCAGUAAAACAGCUACGAGCAACACAGGGCCCGACAUAAGCAACUUCAGCCUUAGCAACGCCUCUCAACUGAAUCCCCCUCUGGACGGGCGACAGACCAAAUUUGUGAUCGAAUCCCUGCUGCACAUGACAAAAAACCCUAAUUCAAAGUCCUACCAGUACUUGCUGAAUUCUCGUAAGGAGAAGGUAAUCAAGAUCUGCGAAAAGGUGAUCACUUCGUUUCUGCCGAUUCUGGGCCUGCCUGGCCUGGGGGAGGAAACCAACAGACUCGUGCUUUUGUCGAUGGAACUGUUAGCCAGAUUCGACACCGCGGCGUUGGAAAAAAUUAUGCUUGCGAGCUGUAUUUAUUCCACUUGCUUCUGUAGUUUUUUACUCCUAUUUUCACGGAACAACAUGCGUAACUGUAUCGAUUCGACUUUGAUAGAAAAUUGUGUACUUAGUAUAAUCUUACUUUGACUUCAUUUACGAAUAGCAACGGCAGAAGAAUAUGUGAAUGUUGACGACAAGAAAGGAUUCUUGCAUGAGCAACAUUUCGUUGACUGUACUAAAAAUUCUCGAAGUUCUUGUCGCGCAUUAUUAAGUAAACCUUGGGACGAACCACAGGCACUGCCGCGAGCGCACUCCGCAACCAACCGGAGACGAACCACGCCGCAACAACCAACAUGAGUCCUCACAACAUAUCAUUGAACCGUAGCCACAUUUUGUGCGUGACCCUGUCUAUGGAGGCGGUUCACGCCGUGCUGAAGCGGCUGCACCCCUCGCAAGCGCCUCCACCCUGGAAAACGCGGCUCAGUUUCGCCAAAACGGCCGCAGAACUGGUACAGCAUAGCGCAUCCCCCUUCGCCUACAGCAGCUCGACGGGCGGCGGCGCAGACCACGGUGGUAUCCAGCAGCAGGACGAGUUCGUGCUCAAAGUCGCCUGCGUCACCCUCAUAGGAACGCUGAUGCAGUGCUCGAAGCUGUUCGUCGACGCGGAUUUGCCCACGGCCGCACAGUUCGUCCCCGUGCUCAUUCACCAAAUCAAGCACACCGACUCCAGGAAAGUUUUCAUCGAGGCGGCCUGGGCGCUGUAUUGAUUUUUUAGCUUAUAAAUUUUUAUUUUAUUCUUUCAAACGGUGCCUGCUUAACGAUGAACCUGAGAUUUUGAGUUUUUGUGUCUAUGCCAACAUCUCCUUUUCGAUAAUACUGCCAGUACUUUUUGCCUGCAAAUCGAAUUCUCGUGUGGUUGCAGGUGAAGAUCUCCUGCUGAAGUGCAGUAUCUAUGUCCGGCCUUCUCGUAUUGUAAUCGAAAAAUAUCGCAAUAUCAGGUCAAAGCUGACCUGCGGGAAUCGGUUCGCCUGUGAGCACAUGAGCACAAGUUUUUUGCUGGAAGCUCUGCAGUCAUGUGCGGAGCAACAGAAGCCGGCGAUUCGCCCCUUCACCGUGCUGAUUCGUCGUAUCGCGGGUCUCGCUGGGAUAGCGGAACUGCUGGAGCGCUUCCUGCAGAUGAUUGAGCAGAAGAGACUGCAGCAGACAGGGGACCCAGCAGGAGCAUCCCAGAACAUCAACAAUGCAGCAGCUGCUCCCGGGAGCAGUGCACUGUAUCGGGAAUUGGUGAUGCACCUGUGCUGGGUGAUCUCGGAAGACACCGAGGACGAGGAACUGUCCGCCGUGAAGGGUGCGAACGACGAGCCGACGCUGCGAAGAUUAUUGCAGGCGCUGGCGUCGGUGAUUCAGGAGCACACCAACCCGGCUCGGUUUUCCGAGAUGGUUGUCGAGGCCGGCGUCAAAGCCAUCGCGAGACUGUAUGGGAGUGUCAGGAUCGAAAUCGACAAAGUCGAAAUCGAAAAAUUUGUAAUGCAUAAAAUGUAGGGCACGCAAGGCCUGUGUUGGGGAGCAGGCAAAUCAGACCGAUUGCAAGCCUGUUUAGGGGAAGACGAUGCGCUGCCAGAGUAGCAUGACAGGAGCAGUCCUCUUUGCCCAAACAGCAUGACAAGCUGGAUUUUGUUGCUCCCGAAAUUUGUCAUGCGCCAGCUCGAAACUGGUGCUCCAACUGCUAGCGAUUUUAUGCAUCACAAAUUAUUAAUUUAGAUUUCGUUGAUUUCGAUUCUGGCAGUUCCAUAGUCUGGGGGAACUGCGUAUGGAGCCGCGCAUCCUCCAGUUUCUGCGGGACGGGUUGAACACGAAUUCCGCCAACAUUCGCACGGCCACCCUGGAGGCGCUGUGCAACCUACUGCUGAAACAGCACCACCUGCUCUUCGUCCGCCAGGCGCCCCACGCCGCGGGGGACGCCACCGCCGCGCUGGAGGACAUCCUGGCUCUCGUGAACAGCAAUCUGGACGACAACACGCGCGCGACCAGUAAGGAUGAACUCGGGUACUCGCUGCGCCUGCGCAUCAUUCUCGCCCCGCUCCGGGUGCGGAUGGACAGUAUCAGGACCAACACCUCCUUUGACGAACAGCAGUCGCGCUACUACCGCGAGGCCUUCCGACGCGCAACCGACGCGAUACUGCUGAUGAGCACGACGGGUUCAAAUGGUGGCCCGCAAUGCGCUCAUCAUCUCCGCAGUUCAACAUCAUCAAAUCGAAACAGUGGAACAACAUCAACUUCGCAACCGCAAAAGACGUACUCCUCUGAUGUAAACAUAGAGGACGCCGCGUUGCUGCAGCAACUGCUGAGUUUUGGGUCCGACCCCAGUGCGUCGAGCCCGAACGUCGCGACGCUUUUUAAGGAUAGAUUUCCGGUGCUCUGCGUGUGCUUCGGCGAGCUGCUGAAUGACGAGAUGUUUCCCAAGGAGGACGUACCUCAGGACGCGUUCGACCGCCUCUGUCUGGUCUUCUGCCGGUGUUUGCAGCAGUGCCUGCCCCCCAGUGCCUUUUCUGGUGCGAUGAAUGCGAACAACCAAAACAGCUUCCUGGAUCCGAUGCAGAUGAAUUCCGAUCUGGACCAAUUCCACUUGCGCAAGUCCGUGUCGAGUGUUUCCUCCUCCACGUACGAGCACAUGAUCCAACAGAACACGGCCGUGGCGCUCCAGCCGUAUUGCGUGACCGCGAUCGAGAUUCUCGCGCAGGCACUGCAGCUCUGCUCGCCGAAAUUUCCCGUGGCGGAGGUCGCCAUGCCCAUUUUCGUGGAGACGCUGCGGCACAUCCGCAUCGAUAAGCACGAGUUCAUCUCGCAGGUGUGCGGUGCCUUCAACAGCUUGAUCGCAAACUCCAGGAAAACCAACCUCCACCGCCUCUCCAGCAUCAGCACCGCGGGUAGUUCCAGUGAUGACCUGACCAACGUGCUGCAGCAAAACAACGUCAGCCAGGCGGCGUCGAUAGAGAAGCGGUUACAGGAGCUGGGUUUAGACCGUAUCCUGCAGGAUUGGAUCAAGUGCUACCCAGAGAACCGCAACCUGCAACGCGAAGCCUUUCUCACGCUGGGCCUCACGAUGCAGUCGGCGAAGCCGAUUUUGCAGCUGAUGCAGUCGCAGUCUUUCGCCUUUCACACCAUCGUGGGAGCGGUAAUCGCGUUGACCGACUUGGUGCGCUUGGGCUACGCCUACCCCGAAGACGAGGCAUCACUCGCGCUCACUUUGGUACAAUUUGAUGUCUACUUUGUUCACAUUUUCGUGUAUUGAUGUCGUGGUGAUUUUUUAGAUCGUGUUCGUGAUUGUCUGUCCACGCUCCUCUGAAAAUAGACCUGCAUGCGGGCAGCAUUUCAGAUUUAAGCUCAUGUCUCUUCGUGCUGUUGUACUUCAUCAUGUGUCCGUGUGCUAUACGUGGUAAAAAAAAUCCAUUUACAUGUUUUUGACAGAUCCAAGUGUCGAUGCAGACUUUUAGCAACUCGCGUUCGAAGGAGGACGGCACGCUGGAGGCGCAGGCCGAGGUAUGCGUGGGGUUGCUGGCGUCGCGCACCCAGAGACAGAACUUUUCCUUUCCAAAAGAUAGCCCGCACUACGUGGAUCCAAAGGCGAGCGCCACGUCCUCUCUGAGUUCGACGACGAUGACGAGCAAUAACUCCUCGAAUAGUAACCCGCAGAGCGCCUUUUCGUACAGUCAGGGACCCAAUAGCGCGCCGACCUCGCCACACCAGCACGGCUUUGGUGCGCCACAGAUUUCCAUUUCCUCCCCCACCGGUGGGUUUAACACGAAUCCUAUGUACGGCGGCGACCAGCCGCAGCUUUCGCCGUUCAACAAGCCCAUGACCAGUGCUGGGUCGUUCUUCGGCGCAGGGAUUCCUAAUCCCGCGAGCGGAGGGCAACAACACUCGCCGCACUUUCAACCCACUUCCAUGACCAGUGCCACUUUCUCGCCAACGGCGGCGCCGCAGCCGGGCUCCUCACCGUUCUUCGGUGCUAGCAGUGGGGGGAUGCCCUUCGGCUCACCGACCGGGGGACCGCCACUGCCGCAAAUGGGAACCGCAACACUUUUCUCUCUUUCGUGAAUGCAGAUGCACGGAAGGAGUGCACGACGUGUAUGAUAGGAGAUUGAUACAGAUAGGGAUUAUAUCUUCGUAGAACAGAACAGGGUGGUCACAUGAAGGUAGAAAUGUGAACUUCUGCGCGAAAUGAACCAGGCGAAUAAGUGCAGCUGCCAGCUGCAAGGAGGAGAUUUUUUAAACUUACAAUUAGGGUCUACAACAGUUUCUGUUUCGCAAUCAUCACGACCUUUGGUGCGAGGUCUCGCCG